CUUUCUCCCCACCCCACUGGAGAGGUAUGACUGGGAAAGCUAACUAGCUGUGAAACCACAGCUUAUAAACCUUUUUAUUUCAACUAGAAUACUACAAUUUUGUUUUCAAGUCAAAGAGCUCAGUGGUAGGGUGAUCAAAUUGUUGAACCCUCAAAAUCCAGAAUGAGACGACACACAACAUAUGAUGAAGACCUGCGAGAUGCUACCAGGAGGAAAAGUGAGAAGGACCCUGAGGAUAAACAACACAAAUCCACCAUUUACUCAUUCAGGACACAGGAGCAGGACACAGGAGCCACAGGCUUCCAGCGCUUCCUCAAUGUCCUCAACAAAGGGGUGGACAUCAACAAGCUCUCAAAGAUUGUCAACAACGUGAAUGAGUUACCCCCUAUGCAGGACGGCCAACCCAAGACUACCUACAGGAGUGAGUAUAAGGGGGCCCCAGCUCAGAGCUCUCAGAAUUGCUUGGGACCCCACAGUAGAGCUCUGCCACAGGAUUAUAGUCACUCACACAUUCUUGGAGAAAGGAGGCUGGAUCUCCCACAUGGCCAACUCCAGAGCCUGCUGGAGUCCAUCGGGCUUGACCUGGGGGUGGAGGAGUUGGGCCGACUCUCAGACCGGACCAAGGAGAGGCUGUACGGGAUGAAGAGAGACCAGGAGAGGAGUCCCUUGACGUCAGACAGGCACUCUAGAACUAGAGACUGGGACAGAGAACGAGACGAGGACACAGAGAGGGACGGAUCUAAGAGAAAUGGAGAAAUAGACCGAGAGAGAGACUGGGUCAGUUCUGAGCGAGACCGAGAGAGAGACGGGGACAAAUCUGAGCGAGAUAGGGACAGGCGCUCUAAUACCAGGGACAGGCACUCUGGUUCCAGGGACAGGUGCUCUAGUACCAGGGACAGACACUCUGGUUCCAGACACAGCAACAGGGACAGGCGCUCUAGUACCAGGGACAGCGAGAGAGAUAGGCACUCUGAUACCAGGGACAGCGAGAGAGACAGGCACUCUGGUGCCAGGGGCAGGCACUCUAGUGCCAGGGACAGAGACGAGGACAGGCACUCUAGUGCCAGGGACAGAGACGAGGACAGGCGCUCUAGUGCCCGGGACAGAAACAGGGCCAGGCGCUCUAGUGCCAGGGACAGGCACUCUAGUACCAGGGACAGGCGCUCUAAUACAAGGGACAGGAACAGGCGCUCUAGUACCACGGACAGGCUCUCUACUAACAGGGACAGAGACAGGGACAGGUGCUCUAGUAGCAGAGACAGGGACAGGCGCUCUAGUAACAGGGAUAGAGACAGGGACAGGCGCUCUAGUAACAGGGACAGAGACAGGAACAGGCGCUGUAGUACCAGGGACUGUGACAGAGAUGGCGACUGGGCCGAAGGAAGCGACAAUGAUUGGUAUAGGGAGAAGUCCAAGGAAAGCUCUGCUGAGCUCAACACAUACUCAAAGGACCCUAUAUAUCCUUUUUCUCACCCUCCUAAUGCAUCUAUGAUGGCAACCUUCUCCACCACCCAGUUCUCUCUGUAUACCAGCAGACCCUACGCUAAUACCUACCCUCCAGGUUGGGGUUAUCCCCCUGGCCUUAUGCCCCCUGGCUUUAUGCCCCCUGGUAUUAGGCCCCCUGGUAUUAUGCCCCCUAGUAUUAUGCCCCCUAGUAUUAUGCCCCCUGGUAUUAGGCCCCCUGGUAUUAGGCCCCCUGGUAUUAUGCCCCCUAGUAUUAUGCCCCCUGGUAUUAUGCCCCCUAGUAUUAUGCCCCCUAGUAUUAUGCCCCCUUUUACCAUGCCCCCUGGUACCAAGCCUCCCUUCCCAUACCCCCCUGGGUAUCCACCCUACCUCAGCGCCCCACCACAUUACUCUAAUAGCACAGCAGCCUCAAGCCAGACAUACGCAUACACGCAGGCUGCUAGAAACCUCCAGCUCUCAUCUACUCAGCCUGCCAGUAACCACCAGUUAGCAUAUAUCCCACUCCCAUACAACCAGCCCUCUGGCACCCUCCAGCAGCUAAACACCAAGUCCACUGGCAACCUGCUCCAGCUCAUGAACCUCCAACUCCCAAACAGCAGGCCCGCUAGCACCCGCCAGCUUACGUACAUUCAGCCAGCUAGCAACCCCCAGGUCAAAUCUAUCCAGCCUGGUGGGACCCGGCAGCUUAAAUACAUUCAGCCCACUAGCAACCCCCAGGUCACAUCUACCAAGCCCGCUAGCACCCGCCAGCUUACAUACAUCCAGCCUGCUAGCAAUCCCCAGGUCACAUCUACCCAGCCCAAUAGUGAACUCAAGUUCACAAGCACGGCUGUACUGACGCCAGCACUGAAAGUGUUGACCCCAGGCCCCAUCUCCUUGAACAAGGCCCAACAACUGAAGGAGCUGUCACCCCCCCGCUGUCUGCAUUACGUUAAGACGGUGGUGCCCAAGGGCAGCAAACGCCGCAUGAGGCGGUCAAGAGUCACGAGAAACAGGCAGGCGCUUGAAGAAAGGUGUAAUAAAUACAGGAAAGAGGUUCUGAGAAAGAGGAGAAUAUAUCGAGAUCUCCAAGGGAAGAGAGAUGGACUGAUUGCAAGAGCUGCAGCGAAAGUGGCCGCUCGGUUGGCUGCAAAGUAUCCAAGGGCCCUCUCUGAAGCGGAGGCAGAGAGCGAUGUUGAAGGGGAGAAAAAAGCAAUGCCUGAAGAAGUGAUUAAGGGGAAACUAAAGAAGAAGCUUGAAGAGUUCAACCUGAAGAUGAAGCGGAAAUCAACGCAACAAACACCAACAUAAACUCAAAGGCAGUUUGUUAUCUUCACUUGGCAUCAUGAGCUCAUCUCCCACUAGAAUAGAACCUGCUGCUGACCCAUCCAGACCCUAUGGACAUUAGUUGGCUUACAUUGUUACCUAUCAUCCAUUUAUUGAUUUGUAAUGAUGCUAACAAAUGAUUUGUUAUCUUUGAGCCACAUCCUUUAAGGCAUAUUGAAGAAUCUUUUUCAGUGUAUAUUCAGAUUGGAUUUAUAUGUAGUAGCAUGGGUACGGUCAGGGGCUUUUCUUGAAAACGGGAUCUGACUUGCAAAAAUGAUUCCCUAUAUAGGCUUUUAGCUUUAAUUAGGGCCUGGAGAUUUUCCUAGACUGGUCAUUUGGUCAGGAAAAACUCAACCCAUUUCUGUGGUUCCUCUUUCACUGUGUAUAUAUACAAAUAAAGAGUUUAUUUAUUUAUUUAUUUUUCUCAAAAAGUAACUUCAAAAUGGAAGUCAUGCUGAUGAUCUAAACUAUGUUCCACACUCCGUCCUGUUGGUGGCAGUAUUGGAAUUUGAAUCAUAAAUCUUCAGAAGCAGGUACAGCAGAAAAACAAAAUCUUCUUUGUCCUUG